UUUAGUUUAGUCAACUUUCCACGGCCUUCGUGGGAUGACGGUGCCGCCACCGACCCGAAAACCAAACGAACGUGUGUUUUGACGAAACGGAAAACGGGAAAAUAUGCGCGAAAGUUUUCCCGGUGAAUAACCAGUGAAAAUGCCCGUAUAUCGCUUUUUCGCGUGGUUAAAAUGGCCUUUACGGAUUUAAUCGGGUGGUUUUACGUGUGCUGUGUUGUUUUUACCUUGUGUCCGUGGGAAGGAGGCAAGUCGUCACCGUUACCCGUGAAACAAUUCAAUAGAGAUUUUAACCUGAAUUCUUGGAUAAAACACUACGAUGUUGCCACAUACGAUCAUACGUCGUUGGUGCAUCAGCAUAAACGUGCGCGACGGUCUUUGGGUGGUGGACCAAUUAGGCUUGAGGUGAAAGGACAUGACAGGAUUUUUAAAAUUUUCCUUAUGCCCGACGACAGCAUUUUUACCGACGAUAUCGUUUUCGAGUCGACCAGCGGCAAGAAGCUCAAUAUCAACACUGAAUUUACUUACAAUGGAUAUUUAGAAGAUGACGAAAAUUCUGAAGUUCAUGGCAUCGUUACCCAGGACGGACUCUUCGAAGGUACGAUCACCACCCCAACCGAAGAGUUUCACGUGGAACCAGUGAGUCGGUACUUCACCGAAACUGCCGAUAAAAAACCGACGUUUCAUUCUAUAAUUUACAAGGCAACCGAAGUAGUAGACCCAAGAAGGAAUGCGUCAUGUGCAUCUCAGAAGUUUUUCGAAAAAAUCUUGGAAAAACCCGAUCUUCCAAGAAAAAGAGUCAGAAGAUGGCUUCUACAAGCAGAAGCGAAACUGCCCUACGACGACGAUUUGAUCUUUUUUAAUCGAACUCGACGUCCGGUUUUAGCAAAUUUCGAUAUUAAUCAGCAGCAAAUCGAUGAGGUGAUGGAACUCGAUAAUCGAACUCACGUCGAUGCGUCCGCGCUGAUUUUUAAAAAUGUUUUUAAAAGGGCCACUGUCGACCCUAAAAAGACCACUUGUAUGUUGUACCUUCAGGCUGAUCAUCAAUUUUUCCAAAAAUACGGCACUGAGGAGGCUUGUAUUGAAGUUAUGACUAGACAUGUGCAGAGAGUAAAUGCAAUCUAUAGGAAUACUGAUUUUAACCAGGAUGGAAAAAAGGACAACAUAACAUUCAUGGUAAAAAGGAUUAAAGUUCACACUCUAGAGGCUCUUAAGGACCCCAUGUAUCGCUUCCCAAACAACUACGGAGUAGAAAAGUUCUUAGAGUUGUUUUCUGAGGAAGACUAUGACGCCUUUUGUCUUGCCUACAUGUUCACUUACCGAGACUUCGAGAUGGGUACUUUAGGUUUAGCUUGGACUGGCGAUCUAAAGAAUGCCGGGGGAGUUUGCGAGAAAAACGGACACUACAGAGGUAGUAUGAAAUCAUUGAACACAGGAAUCGUUACGCUCCUCAAUUAUGGGAAGCACGUACCGCCGGCGGUAAGCCAUGUGACGCUUGCACACGAGAUCGGACAUAAUUUUGGUUCACCGCAUGACCCGGAACAGUGCACCCCGGGGGGCGAAGACGGUAACUUCAUAAUGUUUGCGAGGGCGACAUCCGGCGACAAAAAUAACAACAAAUUCUCGCCGUGCAGCUUAAAAAGCAUCAACCCCGUGUUAAAUUACAAGGCGAGGAGCUCCAAGGGCUGCUUUACAGAACCCAAGGGAGCAAUAUGCGGCAACGGUGUAGUAGAAGAGGGAGAAGAAUGUGACUGUGGCUGGGAGGAAGACUGUAGAGACCAAUGCUGCUUCCCCAUGCGUAGAUAUGCACCUGCAGACGAGCCACCCUGUAAAUUAACCCCCAGGAGCUUCUGCAGCCCUUCGCAAGGCCCAUGUUGUACAAACGAUUGCCAAGUAAAGUUCGGCGAUAAAUGCCGUGACGACAACGGAUGUCGUGACGAAAGUUUUUGCAACGGUAGAGAGCCCCAAUGUCCGCCCUCCAUCAAUAAACCAAAUAAGACCAUAUGCAAUAAAGAGUUCGUCUGUUUUAUGGGGGAAUGUACCGGAUCCAUAUGCUUAGCCUACGGCCUGGAAUCGUGCCAAUGCAUUCCAGCCAAAGGAGAUCCAAAAACCAAAGCGUGCGAACUCUGUUGCAAACUACCAGGCGAAAACCAACCUUGCUUAUCCAGUUUUGAUUGGAACGACAUUCCUUACGAUAUCCCCGAUAUGUACUCAAAACCAGGAACACCCUGUAACGACUAUUCUGGCUACUGCGACGUAUUCCAGAUGUGCCGAGAGGUAGACCCUUCAGGCCCUUUGGCAACCCUAAGAAAACUAUUAUUGAGUGAAGAAAGCAUAGCGAGCUUCAAAAGGUGGAUUAUGGAGUAUUGGUAUGCUGUGGCGGCCAUUUUAGCAUUUAUCAUCACUCUUUUGGUCCUCAGCACUAAAUACCUCGGAAAACGUCCCAGUUUCAAACUGAAAUCCGUGACAAUAAUGCACAAUCAAACGGCGGAGGCUGUCCGUUUACCGGACGGUCAGGACGGCGUCAUCAUCCAUCAAGGGAUUCGAUCGAAAGUGCCUUUGAAAAAACGUGUAAGGGACGGACGUAUAAAACGUCGAAGAAAACCCGGGAAAACGAAUAAGCAAGAAAUCAGUGCCAAUAAACAACAAAGUAGCGGUAAUAAUGGUAAAAAAGUUUCCGGUGGCGAUAAGGACAAAGUGGCGGUAACUGGGGCCAACAAUAAUGUAAAUAGCCCCAAGAAGGUCUCGCCGAAAAAGAAGAAGAGGAUUAGUGCGGCCAUUGGGGCUGAGGAGAGCGAGAGGAAGAAGGAUGUGGUGGAGGUACCUCACAGCAAAGUGAAGAAACUACACCUUAAAUCCAAAAAGAAAAAGGCAAAAGAGAUCAUCGACUACAGCUCAAUACAGCCGGAUAUCGACGGUAAAAACGACAACACGACCACGCCCGUAGUCCACGCGGCCAUUACCGAAGAAAGCACCGAUCCAGUCGGAAAAGUUCACCACUGGCUCAAGAACCAGUACAAUUUACCGAAAUCAAAAAGUACCCCGGUCGGAUUGACCACCGUCCGCACGAAGCCUACGAUACGUCCGUCGCGGCCGGAUAAAACGAAAUCGCGUAGCGUGGCCCAUAUACCGAGCGAAAAAGAUAAAGUUCGCGUGCAAGUAGUGUAUAAACCUCCCUUUAAGUUCAGUCUAAAAUUGAAAAAACCGGAAAAAGUUACGAGCGUAGUGGUGGAACCGCUUAAAAAAUCUUCUUCCACUCAAAGAACCGCCGUUUUAGUGCAAAACAGUGCUGCUAAGCUGCCAGACAAUUUAUCGUCUAAUAUGGAUAAGGCAGACCAUCCUUCUCCAUAUGAUACUAUAGAUUUGGCAACAGUGGACAUAGCCUCUAAUGUGCAUACCGUCCAGAGCGAUUUAGAUGUUUUAUUAUCCGAUGAGAAUGAUUAUGUUAGUGUGGCCGAGUGAGAAAAACAACCAGAAAAAAAAAACGAGAAGGAAAUAGACAUAUUUUUAUGGCUGUGGUUUUUUUUUUGGGUUUUUUUUACUCUGCAAUUUUAUUAUUUUUGCUGUUACUUUAGUAUUGCUACUCUACUGCUCAUUACACCAAACCAACAAUCAAAAUAAAUGGAUAUUUGUAAAAUAUAUACAGGGUGUCUUACGAAGUAGGCGUUGGACAAUUUGGCAACAUUGGGCACUUCUGGUCAUACCGAACCUCAAGUUUUCCGAAGCCUACAUUUUGAGAAAUUGUUCAUGUCAAUUUGUCAUGGGCACCAUGUAUA